AUUACUGUAGAAGCCCAUGGAAAAAAUGAUGAAGUUUUCAGAAAUCACCAGUUAAAGAAAUGGUGGUUUUGUUUAUAUUGAAUUCUGAGUUUCAAAGUUAUGUUUCAUUUUUCUUUAUUCCUUAAUGAGGCUUUUUAUUAAGUUUUUUAUUCACCAUUACACCCUUAGAUACACAGUGCUAGGAUCGUAGUAGGUGCUCAAUAAAUCACUGACCAUCGGGGAGGAGGAAUGAUAAGAAAGUAUGUAUUUUCUGUAAGUUCUGCUAGUUUUGGGAACAGGUGGUUUUAGGUUGACCAGUUACAGCUUGGUAUCUUGUCCCACAUAAGACAACUUGACAGAACCCCCUUUCUGGCCAUUAUGUUCAACUUAUUUUUCUCUUAAUCAUUCUUGAAAAUCAUGGAAGUAGUGUGGAAAAUUGAUUGUACCUGCAGUAUAGCAAAAAAGGCCAGUCUAGAUAGGUAAGCAGUUAUGUUUGUCCAUGAGCCGAUGUCUUAAAACAUCUAGAUUUUAGGAUUUUAGUGUUGUGUUUUCUAAACAUACAUCGUACAGCAAACAGAUAACAUCGUAAUAGAAUAAAGGAAUCUUUUGAUUUAGCACCAAAUUCCAUAAAGCAAUGACUACUGCACAGCUCUCUUGGCCAUAUGAAUAGCAGAAAUUAUAUUUCACUUUUUUAAAGAAAUAACGAAAGUACUAAAGGUUGAAAAAAGCCCAUUGGAAAAGGUCCCUGUGGUGUUUCUCUUUGGUUUCUUGUCCUCUUUCUAGAGGACAACUUUAAGAAGUCAGGGCAGUCAGGUGGUCAGUGUGGUCAGGCAGUCAUGAGCAGAUGGUUAAGCGAUGUGCUAGGGCCCCAUAGGCCAGUGAGCCUGACUGAAGAGCAGAGGCUAGCCAGUGAGCCAGUCUGAAGAACAGAGGCUAGCCAGUGAGCCUGACUGAAGAGCAGAGGCUAGCCAGUGAGCCAGUCUGAAGAACAGAGGCUAGCCAGUGAGCCAGUCUGAAGAGCAGAGGCUAGCCAGUGAGCCCAGCUGAAGAGCAGAGGCUAGCCAGUGAGCCUGACUGAAGAGCAGAGGCUAGCCAGUGAGCCUGACUGAAGAGCAGAGGCUAGCCAGUGAGCCUGACUGAAGAGCAGAGGCUAGCCACUGAGCCUGACUGAAGAGCAGAGGCUAGCCAGUGAGCCUGAAUGAAGAGCAGAGGCUAGCCAGUGAGCCUGACUGAAGAGCAGAGGCUAGCCACUGAGCCUGACUGAAGAGCAGAGGCUAGCCACUGAGCCAGGCUGAAGGCUGAAGAGUAGUGAUUUUUAACCUUUAUUUCUAAGUUCUUCAGUUUUCCUAAAAGACAAAAGUUUGCCUCCAUAAAGUAUGGCUUAAAAAGUUCUCCUUGCUCUCUUCUUCUUAUCUCCUUUCCUCUUGCUCUUAUGACACAAUAAUUUCCUUACUCUCAAUGCCUUACUCUCAACGCUAUGCCUUUACUUCUAAGUUCUUCUUGAGUUCUGUUCUCUUCAGCUCAGUUCUGUCUUAAAAGCUUCUCUCUCUUUGUCCUCAGCAUUUGUAUAUCUUUCUGAACACAGCAUCACAUGGUGAAAAGUUCACCACAAGUUUGCACAGGAAUUCAAAUCAUAAGUUGGAUAAUCAGUUUAUGACAGAGAAUGUUUACAUGCAUAUCCAUGAAGAGUAAUCAUCAGGAUAAACCGUCACCAUCUGUCACUGGCUCUGCACGUUCAUGAAGAGUUAAAAGCUGUAAUUUUUAUGAGAAAAGAAUAAGUGAAAUUGCCUAUAGGCAAAUCCAGUCAAUUAUGUUAAGUCCUUGUACCUAUAGUAAAUCAUUAGUUCUCUUUUUAUGAACUUUGGUUAAUUGGUUUAUACCCUCUUAGGAUGGGCUAUAAUUUGUAGAUGCCUGCUUGGUAUUGCAGAAGCGAUUCACUCAUGACACUUUAAGAAUGGCAGGGUUCUCAAUGCAAUUUUGAUUACCAGAGAAACAUAAUAGCAGUCCUAUUUUAAAAACUUAAAAUACUAAUCUAAUUUUAGGAAUUCUUAUAGAACCAUCAUUAAGAAUUAAGAAAUCAUCUAUUUGUCUGUACAUCAUCACGCCAAGACAAUACAUCUUCAUUGCUCUGUGGUGAUCUGCUCAAAAGAGUGGGGUAAAGAGCUUGACAAAUACAGAGGCAGAUGCUUGCAGCCAACCAUUUUUUUGGCUGAGAGCAGGGUCCCCAAUGGAGGAGUAAGAGAAAGGAUUGAGGGAGCUGAAGGGGUGUACAGCCCCAUAAGAACAACAAUAAGAAACACCCAGAGCUCCCAGAACUGAAACCACCAUCCAAUGUGUACACAUGGACAGACAGACCCAUGGCUACAGCUGCAUAUGUAGAAGAGGAUGGCCUUCUUGGGCACAAAUGGGAGGAGAAGCCCUUGGUCUUGUCAAGGCUUGAUGCCCCAGUGUAGGGGAAAUCAGAACAGGGAGGCAGGUAGGCCUGGGUGGUUGGGUGGGUGGUAACACCCUCAUAGUAGAAGGGGGAGGAGGUAUUAUACGGGGUUUUGUGGAUGGGAAACCAGGAAAAGGGAUAACAUUUGAAAUGUAACAAAAGCCCUCUCUGGGGAAGGGACAGCGGAUAAGCUGCUCUGAGCCCCUACUUCCCUGCUUCCUCCCUUUGAUCCAGACAGUGGUGCAUGGUGUCAGCCUGGGACUCUCCAUGGGCUGCUCCUGGCACUGGACUUGGCGUUCAGGGUCAAGAGCAUGAUGAGCAAGGAGCACAUGGUUUGUCCGGAUUCAGAGCUGGGCCAGUGGCCACCAGAUGACAAGCACAGCAUCAUGUACGAUCAUGAGGUCUUCCUGGGCAAGGAGGACUCCAAGACCUUUGAUAGCUAAGCCUGGACGAGAGCAGGAGAGGCUGGGGAAAAUUGUUGACCCAAUUGACAGUGAUGGACGUGGCAUUGUUACUACUGAAGUCCUGAAAGUUUGGAUCAAACAGGUACAAAAAAGAUACAUCUACCAUAAUGUGGCUAAACCCUGGAAGGAUUAUGAUAGGGACAUAGUUGUAAAAUCUCCUGGGAAAAAUACAAGCAGGCCACCUAUGGCUACUCCCUGGGACACCUUGUUGAUUUCCAAGACGGCUGUGAUGAUCACAACUUUAAAAAGAUGCCUCCACGAGAUGAGAGGAGGUUUAAGGCCUUGAAGGUGACCUGACAGCUACUCAGGACUGGUUCAUUGCUUUUCUGCACUAAGAGGAUUUAGAACAUAUGAAGGAGAUUGUAGUUCUGGAAACCCUGGAGGAUAUCGACAAGAACGGGGAUGGUUUUGUGGACCAGGAUGAGUACAUUGUGGACAUCUUUUUCUCACGAGGACAAUUGCCCUGAGACAGACUGGGUUUUGUCUGGGGAGCAGUUCAAUGAUUUCCCAGAUCUGAACAAGGAUGGGAAGCUGGACUAGGAUGAGAUUCACCAUUGGAUCCUUCCUCAGGACUAUGACCAUGCACAGGCUGAGGCCCAGGAUCUGGUGUAUGAGUCAGACAAAAACAAGCAUGAGUUGCUGUCCAUGGAGUAGAUUCUAGACAACUGGACCAUGUUUGUGGGAAGCCAAGCCACUGACAUGGAAGAUCUUACCAAAAAUCAUGAUGAAUUUUGAAAGACAGUCAUCCUCAUGUGGCCAACGGUCACAGGCUUCCUGCGGAUGUUCUGGGUUAUUGCUGUAUUUGUCAAGUAUAUAGCAGUUGUGUCCCUAAACAAUGAGAAACCUUUCUAAAAAAAUCAUAAAUUGCACCAAACAAUAAUAGUAGGAGAUUUAAACACCCUACUUUCAUCAAUGGACAGAUCAGGGAAACAGAAAUUAGACAGAGACAUAGAAAGACUAACAGAAGUUAUGAAACAAAUGGAUUUAACAUAUAUUUAUAGAACAUUCCACCCUAAAACCAAAGGAUAUACCUUCUUCUCUGCAUCUCAUGGUACCUUCUCCAAAAUUGACCAUAUUAUCGGUCACAAAAGAAGCCUCAACAUGUACAGGAAGAUAGAAAUAAUCCCAUGCAUCCUUUCAAAAAACCACGGACUAAGGCUGCUGAUCAAUAACAACAAAUAGGACAGAAAGCCCACAUAUACGUGGAAGUUGAAGUCAAUGACAACUUGGUCAUUGGAGACAUAAGAAAGAAAUUAAAGAUUUCUAAGAAUUUAAUGAAAAUGAAGAUACAACAUACCCAAACUUAUGGGACACAAUAAAAGCAGCGCUAAGAGGAAAACUCAUAGCUCUGAGUGCCUGCAAAAAGAAACAGGAGAGAGCAUAUCUCAGCAGAUUGACAGCACACCUCAAAGCUCUAGAAAACAAUUAAAUAAACCCUAGAGGAGUAGAAGGCAGGAAAUAAUCAAACUCAGGGCUGAAAUCAAACAAGAAGAAACAAAACCGAGGAUCAAAAGAAUCAGCAAACCCAGGAACUGGUUCUUUGAGAAAAUCAACAAGAUAAAUAAACACUUAGCCAUACUAACCAGAGGUCACAGAGAAUAUAUCCAAAUUAAUAAAAUCAGAAAUAAAAGGGAGACAUAACAACAAAUUCUGAAGAAAUUAAAAAGAUCAUCAGAUCCUACUACAAAAACAUAUAUUCAACAAAACUGGAAAAUGUGGAGGAAAUGGACAAUUUUCUAUACAGAUACCAGGUACCACAGUUAAAUCAGGAACAAAUAAACCAUCUAAACAACCCCAUAACUCAUAAAGAAAUAGAAACUGUUAUUAAACAUCUCCCAUCCAAAAGGAGCCCAGAACCAGAUGGAUUUAGUGCAGAAUUCUAUCAGAACUUCAUAGAAGACUUCAUACCAAUACUGCCCAAAUUAUUCCGCAAAAUAGAAACAGACAGAGCACUACCAAAUUCCUUCUAUAAAGCCACAAUUACUCUUAUACCUAAACAACACAAAGAUACAACAAAGAUAGAGUAAUUCAGACCAAUUUGAUUUAUGAAUAUUGAUGAAAAAAAUGCUCAAUAAAAUUCUUGCAAACUGAGUCCAAGAACACAUCCAAAAAAUCAUCCAUCAUGAUCAAGUUGGCCUCAUGGCAAGGAUGCAGGGAUGGUUUAAUAUACAGAAAUCCAUCAACAAAAUUCACCAUAUAAACAAACUCAAAGGAAAAAAACCCACAUGAUCAUUUCAUUAGAUGCUGAGAAAUCAUUUGACAAAAUUCAGUAACCUUUCAUUAAUAAAGUCCUGGAAAGAUCAGGAAUUCAAGGCCCAUAUCUAAAUAUAGGAAAAUGCAAAAUACAUCCAACCAGUAGCUAAUAUCAAACUAAACUGAGAAAAUUGAAGGAAUCCCACUAAAAUCAGGGACUAGACAAGGCUGCCCACUCUCCUUACUUUUUUCAAUAUGGUACUUAAAGUCCUAGCCAUAGCAAUCAAACAAUGAAAGUAGGUCAAAGGGAUAAAAAUUAGAAGGGAUGAAGUCAAAAUAGUAAUAUUUGAAGAUGAUAUGAUAGUCUACUUAAGCAACACCAAAAUUCCACCAGAGAAUUACUUAACCUGAUCAACAAUUUCAGCAAACUGUCCGGGUAUAAAAUUAACUCAAACAAUUCAGUAGCCUUCCUCUACUCAAAGGGUAAACAGGCUGAGAGAAAUGAGGGAAAUGACACCCUUCAGAAUAGUCCCAAAUAAUAUAAAAUAACUUGCUGUCACUUGAACCAAGCAAGUAAAAAAUCUGUAUGACAAGAACUUCAAAUCUCUGAAGAAAUUGAAGAAGAUCUCAGAAGAUGGAAAGAUCUCCCAUGCUCAUAGAUUGGCAGGAUGAAUAUGGUAAAAAAUGACCAUUUUGCAAAAAGCAAUCUACACAUUCAAUGCCAUCACCAACAAUAUUCCUACUCAAUUCUUUAUAAAGGUAGAAAGUGCAAUUUGCCGUCAUUUGGUAUAACAUAAAACCCAGGAUAGCAAAACUCUACUCAACAAUAAAAGACCUUCUGGGGGAAUCACCAUCUCUGACCUCAAGCAGUAUUACAGAGCAAUAGUUUGUAUGGUAUUGGCAUACAGACAGGCAGAUCAGUGGAACAUAAUUGAAGACACAGAAUUGAACACACACCCCUAUGGUCAUUUGAUCUUUGACAAAGGAGGUAAAACAUCCAAUGGAAGAAAGAUAGCAGUUUUAACAAAUGGUGCUGGAUCAAGUGGAGGUCAGCAUGUAGAAGAAUGCAAGUUGACCCAUUCUUAUUGCCCUGUACAAAGCUUAAGUCCAAGUGGAUCAAGGACCUCCACAUCAAACCAGAUACACUGAAAGUAAUAGAUAAAAAGUAGGGAAGAGUCUCGAAGACAUGAGCACUAAGGAGAUAUGGAGGCCAAAUCUAAAGCAGAGACUGAAGGAAAAGCCAUUCAGAGUCUGCCCCACAUGUGGCCCAUAUAUAUACAGCCACCAAAACUAGGUAAGAUUGAUGAAGCUAAAAAGUGCUUACUGAAAGGGACUGGAUAUGCAUCUCCCCUGAGAGACACAUCCAGGGCAUGUCAAAUAAAGAGGUCAGUGCUUGCAGUAAUCUACUGAACUGAGAACAGGACCCCCUUUAUGGGAAUUAGAGGAAGGAUUCAAAGAGCUGAAGGGCUUGCAACCCCAUAAGAACAGCAAUGCCAACCAAAUAAACCACUAGCAAAAGACUAUACAUGGACUGACCCAGGGGUCCAACUGCAUAUGUAGGAGAGAAUAGACUUGUUGGGGCACCUGUGGAAGGGGAAGCCCUUGUUCUUAACAAGGUUGGACCCUCAGUGCAGGGGAAUGUCCGGGAAGGGUUUCAAGGGGCGUGGAUUGGGGGACCAUACAUAUGGAGAAGGGUCCCGGGAGGGGGGCUUAUGGACCAAAAACUGGGAAAGGGAAUAAGGUUUGAAAUGUAAAUAAAAAGUAUAUAUCUAUUAAAAACCAAAAUUUUAAAAAAUGAUAAUAAUAGUAAGAAAUAAUCAAGAAAAAAAGAAAAUGUGAAUAAGAAAGAAAUUUUAGGACUUGGAAAAGAUGAAUGCCAGGUAUUUGAAAAACUGUAUGACCAUGGUAAACACUUUAAUAUAUGUGAGAAAUUUUUUACAUGUUACUGAAUUGCAUCUUUUUUUUAAAUAGUGAAUGGAAAUACAGUCCCUUCCUGUGUGUGAGGCUAGGUAUCCAGAUGUAGUGGAAUUCAUUAUUUGUUGAGUCCUGAACCUUUGAGCCUGCUUCUAACACAGCUUAUGCCAAGGAAACUAGGCGAAGGUGAUAUCUAAGCCAUUGACCAAACUAUCUGGACUAACAAUCACAGGUGAAAUUCCACCUUGUAAAUGGGACGAGCAGAAUAAAAGAUACCUUUAAGGAUUUAAAAAAAUGAAAUGUACCCAAAAAAGCCAAUAAAAUAGUUUCAAAUAAAAAUAACUUAGGAAAUUCAAAAUACUGCGGUGCCAUUCCACAAUCAUGAUGUGUUUCUUCUGUGAUAGCUUACAGGUUAAUUUACUUCUCUAUGACUGUUUUCUUAUUUGAAAGUAAGUAAUGGCAUCAUCUGUGGAGUGGAUGGGGAGAACAAAAGCUUUGCCUAACUUGAAUAAUCGAUCCCUCCUGAGCAUGUGCUUAACAUUCUAAGCACAGGGAAAUUUCCUGAGGGGUUUAAAGAACAAAAUCUAAACAUAAAACAGGAACAACAACGAUGUAAAAACAUUCUGCAUGCUCGGUAUGAAGACAUGUUACAACUUUAAUCAGCUUUGUAGGUAUUUCUAAUAAACAUCCCAAGAAACAAAAAUCCCAUCACAGUCCUAGCAGUUGCAUCCAACAAAGAGAGAGCUGUGAGGUAGUGCCUGCUGCUUCUUUCCCCAGAUACCCCUGGGCCUCAGGCCUGCAUCCAGGGACCUGGACCUAAGAGCAGCCAGGUUGAAAUUCCUGCUGCCAUGGCAGGAUUCUGCAGGAACAUUUCCCUUUGACAACAAGGAACCUGUGUGGAGGAGACCUCUUGGUGAGUCCUCAUGGACUCUGCAUUUCCUAUUCUACAGGGAGAAGCCCUGCCAGGUCUUUGGCAAGGCCAGCCAGUUGUUUGGGUAAGUCUCUGGUCCUGUGGCAGAGGGCGAGGAAUGGCAGAAAGAAUGGCAGCUCCACUGAGAGCAAAGGUUAACCCUUCUAGGCCUGUGAACUCCUAAUUAAUUUAUCUUUUCACCUGAUGCCCUAUUCACAUUUUCUUACUAUCAUACAACUGUGAUCUUGAUGAGCAGCUAGGCUCUUGUUUUCUUAAUCAGUUCUUUGUUGUCACAGACGUUUUUAACUUACUCCAACCCAUGAGACUUAUUCACACCUUCUGUAUGCAGUAGGACCCUUGGUGGGCCUGUCAUCUCAAAAAUAGAAGGUUCAGUAAUCCAAAAGAUUGGACUCCAAUUUACCUCAGGCCAGGAAAGAAGUCAGCCAACAUUAGUAAAAUAGCAAGGGAAGAAUUACAUAGGAAAAACAAGUGCCUUAAUUAGAAGAAAAGAUCCUCAACUUCUAAGGGGUGCACAUCUGCACCCCUCUCUUCUGAGCUUUGUAAAGUGAUGUUGUAUAACUCUAGAUGGUAGUAAAAGGCAGAGCUCUUCCCAGAAAGGUCAAACAUGAUUUUCACUCUUACAUCUGUGAGGUGGGGUGGCAUUAUAGCACACAUUCAGGUAGAAUUAUAACACCUAUGAUAAGAAGACAGAAUCCAUAUAUCACAAUGCCAAAUGGACUCCCUUCUCAACUUAUGGACCCAUUAAGAUUGAGGUUCAACCUGAACUGAGGCCAUUCCACUCCCUUCCCAUCCUCCUGAUUCUUAUGUUUAGUAGGAGUAAAGGAUCAUGGUGCAGCCCCCAAUAUUCUCAUGACUAGACUUGCCUAUUCAGGACGAAUGAUAUUGGAGAAGUGAUGGCUAUAUAGUUACAAUGUAGUAACACAAGCUCCAAGUUGACAUUUGCUCACUGACGUCCAAUUUAAUUGUCUUGUUAUAUUUGAGAAAGGGAGGAUGCCCUACUUAAUAUAUAAAAGGGAAAGAAAUUUAUUAUUUUAUAUAUGCCCUGUAGUUGGUCUCUAUGUUCUCAAGAAAAAGGAGUUUUUAUUGCAAAAAAAAAAUAGGAUUAUAGACCAUUGAUUUUGUGAAAUACAUGGAUAUGUAAUUGGAAACAAUGUCAGCUGUCAAGGACUGCACACUAAUCAACUAUUUCUCAGUUUUAUACACUCAGAGGUAUAGAAGAAACAUAUUGGCCUCCACAAAAGGGAAAAGCUUAGGAAUCGAAAUGUAUGUCACAUGCAUUGUCUCGGCUAGUAGAUUUACUUUUAAGAAAAAACUGCCCCCUCCUUGGCCCCUAGAGAUUUGGGUGCUAAGAAAAAUCUGUUCUCCAAUUCAGGGUUGUAAGCAACUCUCCCCAGCAAAAGCAUUGUUGACUUCUAAUGAAGCAGAGAGACAUAUCUAGCUUUGAAAUAGAGGUUGCCAAAUGGUAUUCCCAGUGACACAUGGGAGACUGGAGGAAAGGGUCCCCACAUAAAUUCAUCAGUGUGGGGAAAGCUGGUUAGUAGGUAGGCCAUAGAACUUUCCAGUGACAUCACCAGUAAGCCGUUCACUGGACACUCUAUUGUAUCUAAGAGAUCCCUAGAAUCUUCAGUGAUGUCACCAGUGUUGUGGUGACACCAACCGCCUUUGGGAUAUUACUUCAGUUCCCUUUGGGUUCACAAGCAGGCAUGUUUCGCCAGCUGCUCAGGCUAUUUCGGAAGGAAAGGGGAGAUCAAGGAGAGACCACACCAGGUCAGAGGGAAGCUGACCCCCUCUCUAGUGAAACAGGAAGGAGGAAAUCAUUCUGCGGAAGGCUUGGGUUUGGUAGGAAGGCAUCAUCCCAAAGUGUCAUCAGCAAGCAAGAGGAGCUUCUAAAGGAACUGGAGGAACUCAAAUUUGAAAUCCAGAAGUGUCAAUUCGAGAGGGAUGAACUUUACCAAAUCCUGGACCUUUAUAUCUAUGAUGAUUGGGACCACAGGCUGGAUGUCGAAUUGCCAGUACUUCAAUCCGAACAUGAGAUGAGAAUGAUGGCUAUGCAAAUGAUGACCAACUCAAUAAGUGAUGCCAUGGAGAGGUACAAGGAGCUCAUACAAGUGAACAGUUCCUACCGCGUGAGGCACUCCCAGCUCCUGCGUGAACAAGCUCAAUUGAAGAACAAUAUACAGAUUUUGCUGAAUGAGAAGAGAAAACUGCUGGUGGAGCAGACUGAACUGCCAGCAUCCUCUGUGGAGGCAAAGAGGCUCUGUGAAGAGGCCAGAAUGAACAUCUGUGACCCCAGUGCCAAGCAACAGCAGGUCUGAAGUUCUCCAGCAGAAACUCGAACAUGACACAGACCAGGACAAGAUCUCUCUUGGAGAGAAGAUCUACAGGAGGAGAACUAAGUGCGCACAGCAAAUACACCACUAUUGUAUCUCAUCUGUAAUGUCCAUAGCAAUUGUGGACUGCAUUUUCCUCCUUUAGUUUAACUUCUUUGGAUUGAAUAGGCCUUACUUUCACCUCAGCUCUCUCCAGCAAGUGUAUACUUUUGGAGGAACUCAGAGAAGUGUUGAUGCACAUCAAUCAAGAGCUGCUGGUCAUCCAGAAAGACUGUGCACGUGUAAAUUUGUACUUGUCCUGAUGGGUCAUCCAGAAGAGUUUCAUGGAGAUCAGUUCACAACAUUGGACAGACAAUGAAACAAAGUCUGUAAUAUCAUUUAUACUCAGUAUUGGUAGGUUUUUUCCUUAAUACCCCCACUCCAACAAAACAGACCUACUUCCACUUCUCCUGAAAAUAUUAUUACCAUCAGUAACUGCUUGUCUACUAUGUCUCCAAGGCAAGCCACAGGCUAUAAGCCAAUUCUGCAAAAGGAGCAGCAAAAGAAUGCUUAGCGAAAUUCCUCUAUUUAACAUUUGCUUGAGUUUUGAUUAUUUUGGUUAUUUGGUUUUUCUUCUAUUAAUUUGAAGAUUUGUUAUUUAUGUGUUGUUGUUGUUUUGUUCAUUUUGUUUUCUAUUUUGAUAAGGAUAUAGACUGUAUAUAUUGACUACCUGCAUCUGGUAACUAUCAAGUAAAUUGGAUGUAUUCUGGUAAAUAAAGGAGUAAUCUCAAA